AUAUUAUAUUCCACAAGAACUAAACGAUAAGAACAAAAUCAUCCAGUCUUACAAACUCUCUCCUAUUUGAUUUCUCUCUAUCCAUCGGACCAAUGGCAGAAAACAAAACGCUUCCCACUUACUUCUGCAGAAACUGCGAGAAUCCAUUAGCUCUCGGUGAAGAUAUCAUCUCCAAGAAAUUCGUGGGAGCAUCGGGGGCAGCGUUUAUGUUUUCGCACGCGAUGAACGUAGUGGUUGGACCGAAGAUUGGGAGGAAACUGAUAACCGGGUCGUACGUGGUGGCAGAUGUGAUGUGUAGUAAGUGUGGUGGGACGGUGGGAUGGAAGUAUGUGGAGACCUUCGAUCUUAGACAGAGGUAUAAAGAAGGCAUGUUUGUGCUCGAGAAGCUCAAGUUGACCAAGAGAUAUUGAUACAAAACUAGUCAAUAAGAAACAGAAUCCUCCUCUUGUUAAUUCAUUCUAAAGAUACAUGUAAACCAAACUUUGACGAUUGUAUGUAUACACAUACCUGAGAUGUGUCUCGGCACUAUAUCUUAUCUACAAAUUUUCUUUUACCUUUUGUUUUGUUUUGUUUUGUAUAAAUGUUAUCAUUAGUAUAUUGCCAAUGGUUACCGACA